AUUUCAUUUUUAUCCCCUCUCUGCAACUUUACAAAUUCUUAACUUUUUUGUGAUUCGUUGCCUUCAGGUUUCACAGUUGAAUUGGAUAAAAAGACGAAAUGGGUGGAAGCAACGAUUAUAGUGAAGGAGGAGCAGUGAAUCGUAGAGGGUGUUCGUGCACAAAGGAUGAUUUCCUCCCUGAGGAGUCCUUCAAUAGCUGGAGUAACUAUGGCAGAGCCCUCAGUGAGACAGGGAUGAGAUUGAAGAGCCGAGUGCUGAGUCGGUCUCUGGAUCAAACCGAGUUGAUCGAAGUGAAGAGUCGGAGUCAACAUGAGAUGAAGAAGACUCUCUCAUGGUGGGAUCUCAUCUGGUUUGGCAUUGGCUCCGUCUUCGGUGCCGGAAUCUUCGUUCUCACCGGUCUUGAGGCGAAUGGAGUUGCUGGACCUGCCGUUGUUCUCUCCUACGUGGUCUCCGGAGUCUCUGCCAUGCUUUCUGUGUUCUGCUACACAGAAUUUGCUGUAGAAAUUCCUGUUGCAGGUGGAUCCUUUGCAUACCUCAGAGUGGAGCUAGGUGAUUUCGUAGCUUUUAUCGCCGCCGGCAACAUCCUCCUUGACUAUCUCAUCGGAGGAGCUGCCGUGUCCAGGGCGUGGACAUCCUACUUUGCCACCCUCUGCAGCCAUAGCCCCAAUGAUUUCCGCAUCAAUGUCCAAGAAAAACUCGGCGAAAACUAUGGCCACCUCGACCCCAUUGCUGUGGUUGUUGUCGCCAUCAUCUGUCUUCUUGCUGUCCUUAGUAUCAAGGGCUCAUCCCGCUUCAACUACAUCGCCUCCAUCAUUCAUAUCAUCGUCAUUCUCUUCAUCCUUAUUGCAGGGCUCACCAAAGCUGACACCAAGAACUACACCCCAUUUACACCCUAUGGUGUCCGAGGCAUCUAUAAGGCCUCGGCGGUUUUAUUCUUCGCCUAUGUUGGUUUCGAUGCAGUGGCUACAAUGGCUGAGGAAACUAAGAACCCCGCCCGGGAUAUCCCAAUUGGGCUUGUUGGAUCAAUGAUGAUCACUACAAUCGUUUAUUGCUUACUUGCCAUCACUUUAUGCCUAAUGCAGCCUUACAAUCAGAUAGACAAGGAUGCCCCUUUUUCGGUAGCAUUUCAAAAGGUUGGGAUGGAUUGGGCUAAGUAUCUUGUUGCCGCCGGAGCAUUGAAGGGAAUGACGACCGCUUUGCUAGUCAUGGUUGUCGGUAUGGCACGGUAUCUGACCCACAUGGCCCGUACUCACAUGAUACCCCCAUGGUUUGCUCAAGUCCAUCAAAGAACAGGGACUCCUAUAAAUGCCACUAUAACCAUGUUUAUUGCUGUAUCCAUCGUUGCCUUCUUCACUAGCCUUAAUAUCCUCUCCAACCUUGUCUCCAUCUCCACACUCUUCAUCUUCAUGACUGUUGCCACUGCUCUUCUUGUCCGCCGCUACUAUGUGAGCGGGGUGACGAAGCCGGUGCACAGGAACAUACUCAUUCUUUGCUUGAUCUUCAUUAUUGGAUCCUCAAUUGCCACUGCAGCUUACUGGGGUAUGAGCAACACUGGAUGGAUUGGGUACACAAUUACCGUGCCAAUGUGGUUCUUGGCAACGUUUGUGUUGUGUGUAUUUGUUCCGAAAGCAAGGGAACCGAAGCGAUGGGGGGUGCCAAUUGUGCCAUGGUUUCCAUCAGCUUCAAUUGCUAUUAACAUCUUCCUCCUUGGUUCAAUUGAUAAGGACUCAUUCAUCAGGUUUGGAGCCUGGACUGGACUGCUCUUGGUUUACUAUAUUUUCUUAGGGCUUCAUGCAUCAUAUGAUUCGGCAAAGGAAUUGGCUGAGAAGAGAGUCCAGGAUCCCACAUCUACAGAGAUUGAAGAGGGAGACAGAAAGGUAGAGUCAGUGGAGAUGUAAGUGAAGUCAUACAUAUAUGCAUAUGUGGUUUGUGAUGUGUAAU